AUGGGUAUCUUCUCUCGGAUCAGCAUUCUGUUAAUGUUCAUGUCAUGGACGGGCCUGUGUCUGCCUACGGACGGCCCUUCAAGCUCUCUUGUCGAACGGACCACCUGCACGAGUAGUUGCAAAUAUGCGAGAAAAGAAUGGGGCUCCCUGACCAAGACGCAGCGAACAUCAUACAUCAACGCUGUGAAAUGCCUGCAGAAGCGUCCGUCGAUUAUUCCCGCAGGGCUUGUUCCCGGAGCCAAGAGCAGAUACGACGACUUCACGGCCACCCACAUCAAUCAGACUCUCUCGGUCCAUCUUUCAGGCAUCUUCCUUUCCUGGCAUCGCGAAUUCAUCUUCCUCUUUGAGCAGGCCCUACGGAACGAAUGCGGAUAUACCGGGUACCUACCAUAUUGGAACUGGGCUCUGUGGGCCAGCUCUCUUUCCACCAGUCCCAUCUUUGAUGGAAGCGCUACCUCCCUCUCCGGCGAUGGCGUUUACCUACCAGACCAGGGACCGUACACCGUUGGGAACGGCGAGACUCUCCCGCAUGGUACGGGCGGGGGCUGCGUUACCAGCGGACCGUUUAAGGACUUGACUGUCAAUUUGGGGCCGUUCGAUUUCAGCAUCGUCUUCACCGGAGCCUUACCGUCAAAUUGGACCGCAUACAAUCCUCACUGCCUCUCACGCGACCUGAACAACUAUAUUGCCACACGUUACGGCAACCAGACGGCAAUUGAUUUUCUCAUGGCCAAGAAAACAAUAGCGGACUUUCAAAACACCAUGUCCGGUGCGGACAUCAAUCUCGGCGUCCACGGUGGAGGACACUUUUCGGCGGGAGCAACUCUGCUUGAUUUCUUUGCCAGUCCUUCGGACCCCGCUUUCUAUCUGCACCACGGUAUGAUAGACCGUGUCUGGACGCUGUGGCAAGCGGCGGAUCCGGCAAACAGGGUGAACGCUCUGGACGGUACUAGCACCAUCUUCAACGGAAAUGCCACACCGAACGUGACCCUGGACACGGUGGUCGAUUGGGGUUAUCUAUCGCCAACGAAGAAGACACUCAGACAGUUGGUCAGUGUUACGGCAGGGGACUUCUGCUACGGAUACCAGUAG